ACAUCUCUAACCUAAUUGUUUAAGGAUGAGAUUCUCCAGUUUGUUGUUAUUUUUCUGUUUAUUAUUGACCGUAUUUUAUAUUGUUGGUCUGUUAGUGUUUCUAACGGACCAUGAACCAGGCAACAAUUGCGAAAUGACGUACAUGUUCGAGUAUCCUCAGUAUGUGAGGAUAUCUCAGGAAAUUGACGAACAGUAUGUAAAAUAUGGUCUGUAUGCUUACGGAGAAGGUAGAACCACGAAGAAAGCUAGGAACAUGUAUUUUGAUGGUAUUCCUGUACUGUUUGUACCCGGGAACGCAGGAUCAUACAAGCAAGUAAGAUCACUAGCUUCUGUCGCAUUGAGAAAAUCUCUAAACUCUGGCACACCUUAUCACUUUGAUUACUUUGCUGUUGACUUAAAUGACGAAUUCAGUGCUUUGUAUGGCCCUAUUUUAUACGAACAGCUAAUGUACGUAAACAGUUCAAUAAGAACGAUCUUGGAACUGUAUAAAAAUAAACCAAAUGCACCUCAGAAAAUUAUUCUUAUUGGACAUUCAGUUGGUGGUGUAGUAGCAAGAAGAGCUAUAUCUUAUCUUGAAGCAAAUAAGCAAGACUUGGUAUCAGUUCUUAUCACUUUGGCAGCACCUCUGAAAAGGAACCCUCUGUAUUUCGACAGAUAUGCAAGCAAAUUUUAUAAAAAUAUUUACUUAAAACAUGAAACAUACAGUACAAUAAACAUUGCUGGUGGAUACAGCGACUUUUUAGUUCCAUCCUAUUUGACAAAUAUUGAAGAAAAUAACACCUUAAAUGUUGUGGCUACUAAUAUACCAUUAUCAUGGGUCGAAUCCAACCAUGUUCAAAUUCUUUGGUGCAAGCAAACAGUUCUAGCUAUCAACAGAGCAUUGUUUGGUAGUGUUGAUAUAAAAACAUCUCAAAUUUCUUCAAACAGUACCUUUGUUCAACAAGUUUUUCACCAUCAUUUGGUUCAUAAUACUGGUACCAAAUUAGAAUUAGACCCAAAAGAAUCCCUGGUAACAAAAUUAGAUUAUAGAGGUGAAUGGGUUGAAAGUAUUUCGAAACAGUAUACAGUAGAUCUGAAGAAAGGGUUGAAACAGCCCCAUUGGUAUAUGGUUGGGCUUACAACGCAGCACACCUACGAAAUGUUGACAGUGUUGGCUAUAAAUUUGGAAGUGACCGAUUGGAUUUUUGCGUGCAGUGCUGCUUAUCCAAGAGGACCCAGUAGAGUUUGUGUUGAAGGAGAGCAUUUGACUCAGUAUUCAGAAAUAGCCGCAACAAGUAGAUACAAAAGACGAUUAGUGACUUUGAAUUUGAACGAAAUUAAAAGAAAUCAUUCAGAAUAUACGCACGUGGUAUUCAAAGCUUUACCUACAUCAGAACCUGUAGUUUUUCAUGUAGACAUAUAUAAUUCCGCUGAAAGGCGCAUGGAAGUAACCUUGCCCAAGUAUUCCCUAAGGAAACACACAGUGAUAUGGCGCACUCCAGAAAAAUCGGUUUACGUAGAGCUUAUUUUUCCAGAACUUGAUAAUUUGCUUCAGUCUUACCAUUUGUUCGUCCAGCCAGUGAGCUGUGCGAGUGAACAGCACCAUGCCACAGCUACUUUGAUUAUUCCUUGGGCAAAUGAAAUGGUUUACGCACAUUUUACGGAGACGUUAAAAAAGCCUUUUAAUCUGAGGAUACAAAACGUGAAACCACCCAACGCAACUCACGCGAAAGUUAGACUUAUUUUGGAACCUUCAUGCACGUAUCAAAUAAGCAUAAAGCUAAAUAUGUUCGGAGUAUUCAGCCAUAUAGCCAGAUAUUACUCUACGUUCAUCAUAACAAAUGUGGCAGUAGUGUUUCUUUUGGCCUUUCAAAACCAAAUAUAUCGUCUGGGCAAGACGGGUGCUAUGCCGCUAUUUUUUAGCUCUUUGUUGGAGAUUGUCAAGUACAGUUGGCUAGUGAUUGUAUUGGCUGGUGUUUUGUCAAUAUUUUUAAGUUACCCAUUUUGGACAAGGUUUCUACCCAAACCUGAGGUAACCUCAUUUCCAAACAAAGGCGAUUUCAUCGAUUUAAUAGUGAUGCCUUUGAUACUGCACAUUAUAUCCGUUGUGGUAGUGUUUGUGCUAGUGUGCACGUACUGUGUUUCUUUGUUCACUCUGGAAUCGACUGUACAUAAAUUGACACUUAAAUUGUUGGCCAGAACAGUGACAAUGACUAUUCGAUUUUCGGAUUAUUUUAUGGCUUUUUUACAAAAAGUUCCCUUUAUAGUAGCCACUGUUUUGAUUUUAUUGUGUUUUUCUACUUGCGGCGGUUUAGCUCUAUGUGUUGGAACUGUCUUUUAUUUCUUGAAGUUAACGAAAAUGUCACAAGAUUACGUGGAACACGUCACUUGGUUCAUACUGAAAAACGUAGCAAGAAAAAUACGAAAAUUGUUCAGUAAAAAACCGCCACCACCACAAAUUACCAAUAAUCAACUCACCGAACGUUCAGAGAUCGAAAAUGAACGAGAAGAGAUAGAACUAAGCGUAAAAGACAAGGAAGAAGAGCCAGACACCGAUAUUACGCCUAAAACUGUCGAAGCAAAUGAAGAAAAUGACGACAGUGAAGAGAAUACAAUGGAAAUAGUGGAAAAGGUUGAAGAAAACUCGGAGGAACAACCUAACUAUCCUUCAACUAGUGAGGAAAUUAAUGAAGAACAGCCAGAACAAAAGGAAGAAUCGGAAAAUUCAAAAGGGUUUUCGUUUGAGGGGUUGUCCGAGACGAACAACGCCAUUUUCUUCCAUUCCUCCAUGUUUUUCAUUUGGGUGAUGGUGAUGGGUUUGAAUUUUCCAGCAGUGUUGACAUGGGCGCAUAAUUUUAAGUAUAGUAAACAUUUGCCUCAUGACGAAUCGUUUUUACCUGGAUUGUUGCUCAGUAUCGGCGCAUUUCCUCUAUGGCAGUUUGAAUUUCCCUCAAACAAUAGGAGAUUUACUCACGAGCUACGCCUCAUAACCUUAUAUUUUACCAUCAUAUUACUGGUGUACGCCACUGUCUCGGUAUACGUAGUCAACUACCUCCUGACCAUCCUGUUUGUGCUCGUCGUUCUGCAACAGUAUUACAAUUUGGCAACGGCGCAAACCGCGCAGGAACCUUCGGAUAGUGACGACACAAAGCAGCACGAAGACAAAUACGAAGAAAUGAAAAUGAAGAUGGACUGACUCGCGAGGGAACAAAAUGGCGGAUUAUACGUAAAUUAUAUUUAAAAAGUUAAGUGAGAACUCCACAGGCUACUAACAACUACUAAAAAACUGAUUAUUCUCAGCUGCUUACUAUACAAUGUCUCAGAAAAGUUUUUCAAUUUUUGAACCUUUAAAAAUAAUAUAGUAAAAGGAAGUAAAAAAUAUUUCAAUAUUACUCAAAGUACAGUGAGAUAAACUAUAUUUUUUAUAGCUGUUUCUGAGGUAUUUAAAAAAAUCAAUAUAUUUUAGCAGUAAAUUACAGAAAGUGCUUCCAACACUUUGUAUAUAGUACGGAAUUGUUUAAGAUAGUUUAGAAAAUGUAAAAAUACCAAAAAUUCUAUUCUUCUACUAUAUAAAUUGGUUUAAUGUUAAUUAAGGUUUUUUUUUCUUAAUUUUUUAUUAGGAAUUUCUUUUAUAAAGUUUCAGUUAACGAUUUUUUUACUUUGAUAUUUUCUUAGUAAGUUAUAUGGUUGUGUUUUGUGUUAUUAUUUUUAUUUCUUAGACAUAUUAAGUGUUCGUCAAAGUAUGUAAACCAUUAUUAAUGUUACAUAUUUUCUUAAAAAGUUGCUUGUAAUUUUUGCCAUGCCUUAGAAAUGUAGUGCUUUUAUAAGUAAUUUAGAGCAUCAGAUCCUUAUAAACUUCGUUGAUAAAGCUAUAAAAAAAAGAAAAAUGCAUGUCAUAUACUCAUAAAAGCAAAGUUGUAUGUAAUACACUUAUUGUAUAGCUUUUUCCACGCGGUUUAUAGGAACUAAGAUGUUUAGGUCUAAUUUUUUUUACCAAAAAUUUAACAUAUUUUUAAUUAUUUAUAGACUUCACAAAUUCGCUCAAAGGCAAGAACUAAAUAUACUUAAGCCUGUAAAUUGCCUAAUACUGUUUUUUUAAAAGCAGAAACUUUAAUAUUGUAUAUAAAUUUGAUGAAAAAAAAUCUAUUCAUAUAUACCUAUAAUAUAUAUCCUGCACAAAUAGGUAUAAAUAACUAAUAGAUGUAAAAAAAAGAGUUGCAUUGCAGUAUUUUUAUGUGAAAGUAAAGUUUAUUGACAAACACCAAAUUACUGUUUUCUGUGAUAUGUAGCGUCUAUAAUUGUUGUAAAAUUAGACAUAAUCAUAUCUUUAACCGGAACGUUAGAUUUAUAAAGUUCACUGUAAUAUAUGUAUAAUUAAGUUA